AUGCUGUUUGUUGAAUGGGUCAACGAGUGCUUUGGUCCCUCUGUCAAGCAGUACCUACUUGAUAAGGGCCACCCUCUCAAAGGCUAUCUGGCUAUGGACAAUGCUCCUGCACAUCCUCCAGACAUCGAGGAUGACCUACUGGAGGAAUUCCGUUUCAUCAAGGUCAUGUUCCUUCCUCCCAACACCAUGCCAUUCAUUCAGCCUAUGGAUCAGCAGGUAAUCUCAAACUUCAAAAGGCUGUAUACUAAGGCCUUGUUUCAGCGAUGUUUCGAGGUGACUGAAGGAACAAACCUCACCCUCUGAGAAUUUUGGAAAUUUCCAUAUUAUCAGCUGCCUGGAAGGGGGUCACCAAGAGAAACCUCAAUUCCUCUUGAAGGAAACUGUGGCUUUAGUGCGUUCUCGAACAUGAUUUUGAGGGCUUCGCUCCAGAAGAGCAGCCAGUCGUCAAUGAAAUUGUGUCUUUGGGGAACACAAUGGGUGUGUACAUGGACCAUGAAGACAUCCAGGGGUUGGUGGAGGUACAUGAUGUGCUGACGACUGAUGAGCUGAUGUAUCUGCAUAAGGAGCAGCAGCAUGUGGUUAUAGAGGAACUAUCGUCUGAGGACAAGGCGGAGGAAUCUCUCAGUUCUCCCAAAUAA